GGCAAUUGCUGUGUUUCUCCCGAAUGUUACGGCCACAUGACCCACUUGCUGAGUAGUCUUGCUAAUGGAAGAAUAAUCUUAGCCUUAGAGGGCGGAUACAAUCUGACUACAAUAUCUGAAGCAAUGUGUAGCUGUACAGAUGCAUUAUUAGGAAAUCCUCUUCCUCCUCUUCCCUCUGCUCUGAAAGUAUCUCCAAGUGCCAUUGAAUCGAUUUUAAACACAGUCCAUGUUCAUAAGAAAUACUGGAACUGUCUACAGUUUGAUGUUGACCUUCCGUCAUAUGAACCACAGAAGACUGCCCUUGAGGAUCUGGAGACUACUGUAUUAUCUGG